GAAAAGCCUGAUGUUUUUUCUGCCGCUGAAAGGCCAAAAAAAGGAAUAAACUGCUUCCAGCAGUACGACGCCUUUAUAAGGAUAAUGCAGGAAAUGCAGUCUACCGGAUGCCAUGGGCGCUAGGCUGUAUUGCAUCGUACUUUGCUGUAACUGUAGCGGUCAGGCUAGGUGAUACCUUGAUGCUGUUCUUGCCUAGUCACUAGCGCGCAGUAUAUGACAAGCCCCCGUCAAUAUGGGUUGCGGGGCUAGCAAACGAGGCUCUGCGCCAUUGGAUAUUGAACAAAUUAAGUCGACCAAGUUGGACGUGGAUGCGCCUGCAAUUCCAGUCGCGGUUUUGGAAAAGCCUGUACCUGAAGAGGUGGAAGCAAAGGGCUCUAUACAGCCGUCGGCAGCAGUCCCCGCCGAUGGCUCACCCAACGCCUCUUCGGAAGCAGCUAAGCCAACCGAGGAGCCGGGGAAAGGCCCACCAAAUGAUCCUUCGGAGCCACCAGACCAGGACACCACCAAACCCCUAGCCAUCGCACCCGACAGCCGUCCCGCUGAGUCAAGCACCAAUGGCAUCGCAAGUCCGACAGCAACAGUCGACAAGUCGCAGCCCUCGACAACCAACGACGACAUCGUGUUUAACAAGCUCUGGUCCUCCCCUCGCCGCACCUUGCUGCCUCCCAUCAACGCCAGCAGCUCAAACCUGGGGCACCUGUCGGAGGAGCGGCUGGUUCGCGGGGCAGGGGAGCACGUGGACCGCUCCGGUUCCUCUCAACGACCGCAGUUCGUUGAUAUCAUCACAACCGACGAUCCACCCCUUCCCACUUGGGUCUUCAGCUCCUCCCGCAGCCUCAACCGCAGCUUCGGUGUGCGGCGCCGCGGCAGUGACGCCACCAGCCAGGCCUCCUCCCUGGCCACCGCGGUUUCGGAGACGCCGUCUCGCGACCAACGACUUGGUAGCGGCGGUUCGCCUUCAUCAACCGCCGCUGUUGGCGACGCCUACGUGGAGGAUCAUGUGGACGGCUUGGAUCUUGACAGUCGCGACCCAGUUCAGCAUUUGGGUCGGGGCGCGAUGCGGCGCGGCGUGUCUACCCGCACGCAGCGGUGUAGUGAGGACGAGAGGAGUGAGCGAGGGGCAGCUGCGGCCGCUGGGGCGGGGGUACUGCAGCGGCAAGGGCGAGGAGGCGGCGAGGGCGAUGAGGAGGAGGAGGCGGAGGGAGGACGCUCGGGUCGUUGGGCGCUGGGCCGCAAACCCCCCAACGCCGCUGCGGUCCAGAGCAGCAGCAUGCGAGGCCCCGACAAGUCGCUGAGCCACAAGUCGAGCAAACGAGCCUGCGUGGGCUUCACCCUCACAGACGUCGCCGCCACAGGCGUUUCCGCCGCCGGCAGCAGCAUUGACGGCGACGGCAGCAGCACCGCCGCCGGCGCCGCUUGCGCCGUUGCCGCCGCCACCCCCGCUGCCGGCAGUAGCACCAGUACCCUCAACGCCGCCGCCACCACCGCCACCACCAUCACCACGGCAACCAUCAGCACCGCACCCAACCAUGCCGUCAAGGAUGGUUAUGAAACCGAUUGGGAGGAUGUUGACCCAGAUGAACACAUCGAAGCAGAGCGGCAGGCGCGCAGCUCGGCGCCCCGGGAGGUUUCGGUGCCGGUCUCCGCUGCUUGGGCGGAGGCCAAACCGCAGAUCAUGAAGCGAGCCGUUACCACCACCGAGCAGCGACGUAACAUGUUGUUACUGCACCAGCAGCCGCAGCAGCAGCACCAGGGGCAUCACGGGCAUGGUCACCAGCAGCAGGAGGGUGGCGGAGAGCGGGCCGCAGGGGGAGCAGGAGGUGGAGAGGGUGAAGGUGUUGGUGUUGGUGGGUCAAGAUGGGGUGGAGGAGGUAGCAGUGGUGGCGGAGGCGCGCAGUCUUCUCCUGCCCGGCCGGUGGUGGGCUUGCCGGUGUCACGGACAAUGAUGCGACACACGGAACGCGUGAUGGGCUGAAGGGGGCGGAAAACGGACAUGCCGAGGAACGGUGAGGUUGGUGAGACCAAAAGGUAAACCUGCCGCUUUCCGUGUGUGUGUGCACCUUGAGGGUAUCACGAUUGGAGGCCCGGGAUGCGCCGCGCAUGCAAGCAGCCGUGUGCGGGACAUGCUUGGCGGGCAACCUGUGCCCUCCAUCAUUGAUACCACGAACCUUGGCUGCUUGUUUGCAUGGCUGUGGUUGGUUUGUCCUGCCUAACCAGCGAGCAACUUGCAAUCACAUUUCUCGCUGUGCGCAUAUCGCCCCUCUUGGGUAACUGUUAGCACGUCAGCGUGCGGUGCUGGCCCCAGCCGUAAUACGAUUGUAAAGGCAGCAGGGGCUGCAAUCUCUAGGCCUCCUUGAUGUGGGUCAGAUGCAAUGCUGCUUGGGAAUUGUUCCGGAGGAACGUGCUACUUGAUACAUGUUAGUAGCCAUCUCUCUGCCCUUACUAAUACGUGCCUGCUGUUGUGUUUGUCGUUGUUCGUUGCCAUCAGAGCUUUCACGUUUAGAAUUCAUGAUGCUCAGGGUAAGGGUCUGACCCUCUGGUCACCCGUCCAAAGCUGCAAGCUGCUGCGGCUUAGUUGCAGUAAUGUGAUCGUUGGUUGGUUAGUUGGUGGUUAGUUCCCGGUUCAAGAGUGCAUGCCUUUGCAAACCGGCAACCAGACAACAGGUGGUUGGGAUUGCCCGGCGCUGAAGCACGCGCCUUAAUCCGUCUCCCGCUAUCGCGCUCCGCGACAUGCGGGUUGCGAGUAGUUGCUUGCUUGCCAGAAGCCCUUCCAGUUGUGUGCUAUUCAUGGGAGCAUUGAUGUUGUUGUUGUUGCUGCUGUCGCUGUUGUGGGGCUGGUGGCAGCUGUGGCCUGUCUGAUGAUGGCACUUGUGUUUCGCCUCUGGCAGUAGUGCUGAUAACAAUACCCAUCAGCGCUUUCGCUGGUCGCGUCACGGAGUUGCGUUUUGUGUGGGCAUGUGCUUUCUUGUCUCAAGUGGCCUGGUAGUGACCGGGUAUAAACGUCAUAUAAACGUAAUGAUGAUUGAACUGUUGGCGAGCAGCCACGACUGACCGCCCGGACUGCUGGGGGAUGUUGCAUGUUGUCGGAUGCAGGUGCGGUUCUGAAGGUUGGGGGGAUGAGGUGGAGCAGAACUGGAGUGUCCAACUGUGGUGAUUUGCUCUACGCAGGGGGUCCAGGGAAGUCCCGCAUAAUGCGGUUUGUACGGCACCUUUGCAGACGGGCGCAUGUCCCCACGCUGUCCCUGCGCUGUAUCUAUGAAUUGGUUUGGCUGGGGACAUGUCUGGGCGCCGGGCGCAGAGGUGGUAUAUAGCGCAUUCGCAUAGCGGCUAGGAGAGCGACUGGGUUCUCAAAACGAAUGCGCGGAUAGGCGGUAAUCACUGGAGUCGUGACAUGGUAGCGACAGCAAGGAUGGGUUUGCGCGAUGGCAGGGGCUCAGGGCCAACAUGAAGGUGGCAGUGGUGGUGGUGGGAGUGAUCGUCAGGGUUUUGAUUAGGGUUUGGGCGCAUCAGGCAGAUGGUGUGGCGGUAGGCUGGUAGCGAUAUCUGGCAAUACACUUCAUACUUGGUGUUUGGCCACCCGGUAGGGGUGUUGAGUGCUCCGUACAAGUCAGUAGUUCGGGACCUGGCAGGUGGCGGGUGGGGACGUUCGCCGCAUGCAUCUCUGCACGCAUUCGCAUGUCCGCAUGCUCCCUUGUCCUCCCUUGAACUGAUGAUGGCAAAGCGUCCUCAGAAGUACUUUAUAUACGUUGAACUGGGCCCAUGUACUAGUAUUAUGUAGCGGCCUCAUUGCGUGUUUGCGUUUGUUUGUUUGCAGUUGCUUAGCAUUUAAGGACUUGCUUGAUCAGGAAUUGCUCAGUAUAUUGACGGACCAGUUUUGUCUUCGCGGCGGUUGGAGGACACACGGUUUGGCACCUUUGCUCAGGGCGCACUGUCCAUGAAUGUGCAAGCCCGACCGCAUCUUGAGGCCCCUCCUGAGGGCUCUCAGAAGACAGUAGCAGUCGAGGUUAGUAACUGGUAUCUGGAGCCCUGGGCAUGCUUUUCCUGGACAAUCAUGAUGAGGGCAAUACAAGCCCUGCAGCCUUGCAGAUUACGUCCUGACAAUUCAGGUAUAGAGCACGGCCUGCUCCCGUUAACCUUUCCACGUACCAUUGUAAGUAGGGAAUGGCAG